AUGGCGGGCCCAGAGGGUAAAACGAUUCUACACAUCAACUUCAGCGACAUCACCGACCAGCCGCUGUCCCUCACCGGAGCCACACCACACAGAUACCGCUUUCUCGACGGUGACGCUCUCGCCCAUAAAUCAACAAUCCGCGUCUUGGAAUACGAAGAUCUCCCCUCAGUUCCCUAUGCCGUCAUCUCAUACGUCUGGAGGGGCCUCUCUACUCGUCCUGAUGAGAAAUCUCCGCUUCCAAGUAUUCACGUUACAGGUGCCGAGGGCGCGGAUCCGAUAUCUGUGGACGUCCUGAGGCUCGUUGCUCUGGCUGCAGAACGGCAUGGGUGUAAUCUAGUCUGGUUGGAUGCUUUGUGCAUUCUUCAGGCGAAUGAAGAUGACAAGGCGUGGCAGAUUCAGCGCAUGUAUGACAUUUACCGCUCUUGUCAGGAGUGCAUCGUUGCCCCUGGCGGUCUUCAGAGACUCGUUUCUCUCACGGAGGAAACUUCGUGGGCAAGUCGAGCGUGGACCCUACAGGAAGCAAUUGCGCCGCCUUCGGUGCACUGCUUGUUUGCAUGGGAUCGUGGAGACUGUUAUAUCCAGUCAAACAUGUUUGUGGAAGUAAAGGAGAUUGAGAAGGGGGUUGCGGCUAUCGCGCCUCUAAAGUCUACACUGGAAAUGGCCAUGAAGGGGAGCGGCAUUAGCGUUUUCGGCGACAUGUCUCGAGAUCGACCUCGUGUUAGGGAACUGAUUGAUGCGAUGGACAUGAAGGGCAAGACGGGCAUGUUUACUGCCAUCUGGCGGUCCUCGUUUAUGCGCGCGGCGAAAUACCCUGUCGAUACGGUGUUUAGUGUUAUGGGUAUCAUGGGCGUGACGCUUGAUACCAGCAAAUUCAAGAAUGAGGAUCGGUUGGGUGCGACGAUUGCGUUGAUGCAGGGAAUCUUGGCGAGGGGAGAACAUGCCGAGUGGUUGGCUAUUGCGACGAAAACGCUGCCGAAUCCGAAGCUGUCGACGUUGCCUGUUUUUCCUCAGGUUGAUGCUGCGCGGAGACCUAUACUGGAGACGAAGGAUGGGAUGAAGGAUAUUGGGGAUGUUAUGGACUCCGGUUGGAGACUUGCAAACACGCCCAAGGGGAUGAUAAGAAACGAUGGGUAUUUCCGGUUCAGCGCAUUGGCGACAUCUGUGAAAGAGAGCAACGAGGAGACGACGUCUGCAUCCGUGUUUAACUCUAAAACCACUGGUAAUUGGGAGAUUGUUCCACAAGGGACUGGGUCGCAUACGGCUGUCUUGAUCGGUCAAUGGGAACAGUACAACAAUGGAUCAUUCGGGAUGAUGAUAAACCCGUGGAACCAAUGUCUGAUGAUAUUGAAGGAACAUGCUGCCGGCAAGUUUAGCAAUAUCGGAUAUGCGUUUGUCAAGGAGGAGGUUGUGCAGACGGGCGCUUGGAAAGAGAGUCUAUUUGUUGUUGGAGGACCGAAUUGA